AUGUCCGUUGAUAGGCGCCUUCGUCGGGAGGAGAGUGUUACCAGUGCUAUUCUUGGAUGGGGGACUGGUGGAAGUUGGCAACUUUUGUUAGAGACUUUAGAUGAGCUUCCCCCUUCAUUUGUUGUAGAGGAGGAAUUUUUUUUGGGUGAGCUCAACCUUCGGCAAUGUCGGAGGAAGAUUUUUUAUGGGCAUUAUACUACUGCUGUUCGAGUGCUUUCUUCAUCCAAUGUUGCUCCUUAUUCUGAUGCCACUCUUGUGGCCCUACAAUAUAAGCAUCAUGACUCAUCUCCCUUUUUACCGACUUUACCUGUGGAUCAUCAUCCUCUUGUUGGCUCUUCAUUCGUUGUUUUGGAUAUGAUUAGGAGCUUCCCUCAUGGUACGUCUUGCGGGAGGGAUGGUUUUCGGGCUCAACAUCUUAUGGAUUAUUUGGGUGGUGCUGCGGUUGCUAUCUCGGAUGAGUUGAUCGCCUCUAAUACUAUGGAACGUUAA